AUGUCCACUCCUGCUUCGGACAACGGACCCCGGUCCAACAGGCCUCGUCCUGACCCUGCCAAGUCUGGCAUCGACAUCAAGCUCGACCAGCACUGGUCCUCAAAGUCAUACACUUCUGGCUCCAAGAUCACUGGAAACGUCAUCAUCAACUCCCAGAGAGAUGUUGCAUAUGAUGGCUUUGACAUCUUCUUCAUCGGCACUGGCUACACUCGUGUUGACUUCCUCAGCCAGUACUCCAGUGCCAACUAUGCUUCUCGUCCUUUCAUGAAGCUUCGUAUGCCUCUCAACCCUGCAGACUUCCCUCAAAACCAUGUUUUUGAGGCUGGCCACACAUACACAAUCCCUUUCCACUUUGUGGUUCCCCACCAGCUCACUCUCAGUGCUUGCAACCACACUGUUGAGCAUGAGGGUAUCAGGGACCACCACCUCCAGCUCCCUCCCACUAUGGGCUUCUGGGAGCGCAACGAUCAGUCCCCCGACAUGUCCCACAUCGAGUACGGUAUCCGUGCCGUUGCUACCAAGACCGACGGUGAGGAGGGACGCUCUGCGCCUUUGGAUGCCUUCCACAUGAUCAAGGUUCUUCCUGCGGUUCCUGAGGAUGCUCCCCUUGAGAUUGGCUCCGACGAUGAGCGCUACUGCCUCUCUAAGACCAAGCCUAUCCGCAAGAACCUCUUCACUGCCAAGCAGGGCGAGUUGACCACCACCGCUUCUCAGCCCAGUGCUAUCAUGCUUUCUGGAAACUUCCUCAACGCUAGCGGCACCAACUUGAGGGUUAACUUCGAGUUCAACUCGACCUCCAAGGAUGUCACUCCCCCCAAGGUCAACUCGGUCAGCGCCAAGCUUCACUCGACCACUUUCUUCAGCAGCACUCCCAUGAACCACCUCCCCAACCUGGGCUCUCGCAUCAAGCAUGGAAGCACCCCUUCGCUCACCUACUCCACCACCACACCCGUCCCCAUGCGCCCUGGCACCAAGCUGGUUUGGGAGAACGAGGCUCCUGCCUCCCGACGUGAUUCCGGCUAUGACAGCGCUUUCUGGAAUGAGGGAGAAUCUUCCGAGUCAGACGACGCCCAGCGAGCCAAGAAGGCUACCAAGUACAACGUUCGCCGCUAUGCUACCCUCGAUGUCCCCUUCAACCUGCCCACCAGCGGCAACAAGCUUUUCCUACCAACAUUCUACUCUUGCAUCGCCGCACGCGCAUACAUCAUCCACCUCACCCUCUCGGUGGGACCCAUGAACACCAACAUCAACCUGAGCAUUCCCGUUCAGGUUGCCGUCGAGAACACCUACGACCAGGCCGACGACGAUGAGCUUCCUUCUUUCGACGCUGCCAUUGCUGAAGCUGAGCAGGGUGAAAUUGACCUUCACCUUCAGCCCCGCCUGAUGCAGAUUCCUUCUGAUCGCUUUAUGGGCAACAGCAUUCUUCCUGGCUACGAUGACGUGCGAAUGCGUCCUGUGGCAGUUGCCUAAGAGAUGCCGACAGCAGCAACAGCAACAGCAACAACAACAACAACAACAACAUACACUUAAUGGAUAUUUAAUGGAGGAGGAUCUACCAUCAAAAGUUCUCAUGAUACCACGUUUCCGAGAUAUAUAGGAUGAUAGGAAACAUUUUACGACUUUGCUUUUUACUUCUUCUACUAGAUUAGACGCAUCAUUCAGCGAGGAGUUUUCGAGAUAUUCCAAAAACGAUUCGAUCUUGUCAAGAAAGGAUUCUUGGCUUUUUUUGUUUUAGGAGUUUUGGAAGAUUUGCAUAUACAUUCACAACAAGCAUCAGCAUGGGGAAUGGGAUGGAUUACACAAAAAGGGGAAAAACCAGGCACAGCAUUCCUGGAAGCGAUUAUUUUACUAUGUAUUUACAGAGGACGUGGUUGUAUGACACC